ACCGGUUGGCAGACUUAGUGGCAUGGUUGAUUGCUUGGUUGUCUGUGCUUCCGGAGGUUGUCUUGCUUGUAUUGAAGGCAUUUUUUCUUAAAAAUGGUGCCUCCAUCCUGUGGCUAAAUGGCAUAAGCCAUUUGUGGGACUCAGACAUUCAAGAACUUCUGUGGGGCCACAUAGCUGCAGCUGGACAGUAAUAUUGGUGUCAGUAGGGUUGAAGCCUGCAGUUGAAGCUUUCCCUUUUCCUAACAGUUUAAAAAAAUCCCUUGCUAUACAUAAGUAAUAGGGUACUUUUCUUUAGCCAUGCUUGAAUCAUUUUGCUGCUUCAUACUAGGAUACUGCUUUCUUCUAGUUGUGAUGUCUAAAAGUUGUGUUCCAGGGAACUUAGAUUCCUUGAAAGCUUACCAGCUGUUCCCCAAUAAGAUGGUCAGUAAUGGCAGACAAACGUCUCUGAAAGACAACUGGACCACCACUACCAAUCUUCCCCUGCAGUGCGGACCCACAGUGGAUUGUGGAGUGUGAGGUCAGGAUUUCCAGCUUUUUCCCUAUCUUUCAGCAGGGGAGGACAUGACUGCAGCAGAACUUGCUCCAAGUCGGUCACACAAAGAGUGUCUUCAUAUCAGAGAGAUUUGCAAAGUAGAAAAACCAGUGACUGAUCUCUGAGGACUUCUUUGGAAUCUGCCUGGAUUCAAAAGGAGAUAAAAAUGACAACUUCGUCGAUUCGGAGGCAAAUGAAAAACAUUGUGAACAAUUACUCUGAGGCUGAAAUAAAAGUCCGGGAAGCGACUUCGAAUGACCCUUGGGGCCCAUCGAGCUCCUUAAUGACCGAAAUCGCUGAUCUGACUUACAAUGUGGUGGCCUUUUCUGAAAUUAUGAGCAUGAUCUGGAAGCGGCUGAAUGACCAUGGCAAGAACUGGAGGCACGUUUACAAGGCUUUGACUUUGUUGGAUUACCUGAUUAAAACUGGCUCGGAGAGGGUGGCACAGCAAUGCAAAGAGAACAUCUUUGCUAUCCAGACUCUGAAAGAUUUUCAGUACAUUGACCGGGAUGGUAAGGACCAGGGCAUCAAUGUGCGGGAAAAGUCCAAGCAGCUGGUUUCUCUCCUGAAAGAUGAUGAACGGCUCAAGACGGAGCGGGCCCAGGCCCUGAAAACCAAAGAACGCAUGGCACAGGUGGCCACUGGGGUCGGUAAUAACCAGAUCACCUUUGGCAGAGGCUCUAGUCAGCCCAACCUUUCCACUAGCUACUCGGAGCAAGAGUAUGGCAAGUCUGGAGGCUCUCCGGCUUCUUAUCAUGGGUCUACGUCGCCUCGAGUGUCUUCAGAGUUGGAGCAGGCACGACCUCAGACAAGUGGGGAGGAAGAACUCCAGCUGCAGCUUGCCCUGGCCAUGAGCAGAGAAGUCGCAGAACAGGAGGAGCGCCUUCGACGUGGCGAUGAUCUGAGAUUGCAAAUGGCUUUGGAGGAAAGUCGCAGAGAUACAGUAAAAAUCCCCAAAAAGAAGGAGCGCACAACUGUGUUGGAUCUCAUGGAUGCCCUACCUGCAGCGCCCGGAGUGCAAGCUCCCCAGAAAGCAGAGCCAUGGGGCCCACCAGCUGCAACAAACCAGACAGACCCUUGGGGGGCUCCUGCGAUCAGUAGCUCCACUUCAGACCCUUGGCAAUCAUUUGGUGCCAAACCAGCUGCCUCUGUUGAUCCGUGGGGGACCCCUGCAGCCUCCUCUGCUGCCCAGCCUCUCACGAAGAAUGUAGACCCCUGGGCUUCCUCUCAGCCACCCUCAACGACAGCAAAAGGUGCUGUUGACCCCUGGGGAGUGCCCCCUGCAAAUAAGCCAAUUUCUGCUACUGGAAGUAAAUCUUUUGACCUCUUCAGCAACUUGAAUGGGACGGUUAAAGAUGACUUUUCUGAAUUUGACAGCCUUCGCACAUCUAAAAAGCAAGAUUCAGGUUCUGCUUUGUCAGCCCAGAACAGCGGCACGACCAGCCCUGAUCUCUUUGAGUCUCAGUCUGCAAACUUGGCCUCCGGUAAACAGAGUGCAGCUCGGAAAACUCCCGAGUCCUUCUUGGGCCCCAACGCUGCCCUGGUGAACCUGGAUUCGUUAGUGUCUAAGCCCCCACAGCCUGCACCUUCACUGAACCCAUUCUUGGCUCCAGGAACAGCGGUUGCAGCUGCCCCUCCUCCAGUCAACCCGUUCCAAGUGAACCAGCCGCAGCCCCUCACACUCAAUCAGAUGCGGUCGAGUCCCGUCAUGGGCAGCAGCCCCUCCUUCAGCACCGUGCCAGCCGUGGGCAUGGAGCCAGUCCCUCUGCCUUCUAUGGCACCGAUGGUGAUGGCACCCCUACCAGCCAUGGGCACGAUGGCCUCUCUCAGCAGGAUGGGCCAGGGAAUGAACAUGGCCAUUGUGGGCUCCAUGGCACAGCCUCUCCACAGUACUGGCAUCCCCCCCUCGGCCUCCCAGCCUGCAAACGCAACUAACCCUUUCCUCCUCUAAAGUCCGGGCCUGUGGGACUUGGCGGAAGGGUUGUGGAACGGAGUGGGAUGCCCAAGGCUUGCUCGGACGGAUCCGUGUGUGCAAGAGACUGGGAGAGACGAGGUGUGCCGUUUACAGGUUUAUUUUGAAGAAUUCUCUCGCUCCUCUCCAUCUGCUCUCCAGCCAGCCUUUGCUGCAGAUGGUACUUUUUACUGUGGGCUUGUGGGAGCAUCACGUAAAACAUUGGGACUUUGUCACCAAAGUUAGGUUUCUUCUCUCUGUCCAACCCCCCUCCCCCUUUUUUUGUUAAUCAUUUCAAUACUGUAGGAAGAAGCUGCCAUUUUAAACCCCCCUCUUUCCUAUAUUUUAUACACUAUUUGCUGGACUCUGAAGUGACUACAACCCAGGUCUGUCAGAACCCCCACGCUUGUGAAGAGUAGAUUGGCGACUCAGAGUGCUAGCAAACACAUUUGCACAUAAUUCUAUACUGUACUAAACUGUUGGAUCACCCAUAGUCCUUAUAAAUCCUAGAAGAGGAAGGAUUUGCGGGUGCCCAGAAGCUACAUAGUUUUCCUUGCACACUAAAACCUAGAGCUAAACUCUACUUUCUUUCUGGGGUUGGGUAGGAGGGGUUGCAGUUGGCAACGAAGGCGGGACAGAAGCAGAUUCUCCCUCUGGUUGUGAUAUCCUACCCGUGUGCUGUUCUGUAGGCGGCGUUCAAUUUGUAUUCUUAUCCAAGGACUCUUACAGGACUUCCGUCUGAGUGGCUGGCAUGCUACUGCGCUUGUGUUCCAGGGUGUUCUGCUCUGUGCUUGUCCGAUCGUGACUUUAUUUGGAAAGUGUGUGUGUGUGUGUGUGUGCGUGUGCGCGUGUGAAUUUGACUUGCAACGCAAGUUUUUUAAAAAACGGGGUGGGGGGAAAGAAGAGGGGAAAGUGGGGCACCAUUUAAUUCAGCUUCAUUGGGAACUAAUUUGGGAUGAACUUUGCUGUUAUUAUGCAGUUAUCCUUGUAUACUUUUGCACUUUUAAAAAAAGAAUUUUUAGUACCAUUUUGGAUUUGAGUUGGCAGGAUUGGCUCUUGGUUCCACUCUUGCUGAUUUUUAUAACGUGGUUCUUAUUUAACAGUCUGUAGCUCUAUUGGGUCUAGCUGAAAACUUAAGAUAUGAUCAUUUUUAUGAUUUAAUGCCCUCUUAUUUAUAUAUUUAGCUCUUUGUUUUGGUAAAAAAGACUUUAAAAGGGAAUAUUGGCAAUUUUUUGCUUUUGAACAAAGAGUUUGUAUUGAAAAUGAGACACUCCUGUGGCAUAAAUUUUGAAUGGAAUAUGAACGCAAGAUGACACUGAGAAGGAAAACACUACAGUUGCCUUUCCCUUGACUUCCCCACUCCCUCUUUUAUGAUUCCUCCAACUCAAAUGAAAAAAACAACAACCAAGCCUUUUCUAGACAUAAGAUCAUGAAAGAAAUGACUACUUAUCUCUUGUAAUACUUUGGGAAACUUUUAAAGAAAAAAACACUGUUAUAUGAAUGUUGUUAAUUUUAAUCAACUAAACUCUUCUAACUAAAGGUGCACUCUGUGCUAAUAACUGGCUCUGUUUACAGUCUUCAUUGCAAAGUGAACUUUUUUAAAUUCCUUGGAUCCCUGGUCAUGAAGCCAUUACUCAGGUUUUAUUCAUUGUUUUUUACCUGCUUGAAAAGUCUCUCUUUAAAAUGGCAUCUUGUAAAAGAACUCUUUCUAGGUGUGCAGCAAACACACCCCGAAGUCUCACCUGAGUGGAAUAUUUUUUUUCUUCCUUCUCUGUACAGCCGUUGAGUGGAUGCAGUUGGCCUUUUCUGGUUUUUCCUCUUUUACAAAAACAAAUCAGUGUUGGGACUUCUAUUUUCUGGUAAUGGAUGGCAUCUCUGGUGUCAGACUAGAAUAGCAGGUCUCAUAAAAUAUAUGGAAAUAUCUGAGGCAUGAGCUUUUUUUGUGUGUGGUCAAGGUGAAGGUAGAAGAUGAUUGUGACUUAAUUGCGGGUAGUACUGUAUUUAUCUGAAUAGAAGACGAUUCUGAGUUUAAGAUGACCCUCAUUAAAAUGCAGGUUAAAAUACAAGUUACACUUGUAUUUACUCGAAAGGAAGAGGACUUUGAAUAUAAGAGGACUCCCCAAUAUCUAACAUAAAAGAACUUGGAAAAAUACUUUUCUUAGAUUCAGUAAACAUGGUAGUUGUGUUGUAUUUGAGUGGCCAUCAGAAAUGCUAAUAGUGGGAGAGAUACAAGACUUGGAUUUGCAAACGAAGCAGCUGCUAUCUGGUCAUUCUGAGACAAAAUUCAUUCUCUUCCCUCACAACUUCUGAUUGCAUUUCACUUUGCUUGUCCAGGAAUUGUGGACAUCUUCCUGCGUGUGUUAGACCAUAAGGAAGUUGCCCCUCUCAGAGUAACCAGGCUUUGAAGGCACCAGCAUGUUUGGGGUCUUUGACUCAGGCCUAUCUAAAAGGCACCUUGGCCUCCAGAAUAUGCUGCGGUGAAUGGGAGUCAAGCUGAGAACAACUAGCUUGCUUUAGUCUAUGCCGGUAUAUUUCCUGCUUCUUAAACAGGUCUUCUAUGUCUAAACGUGGUGCUUGCCAGUGGCGAUCUAGGUUUACUGCUCUUCUCCAACAAAAUCCAAUUUUAUUUGUAAGCUUCAUAGCCAUAUUCCGAAUGUUUCCUGCUCAGAUGAAUUCUCCCUCAAAAAGAAGAAGAGAAGAGUAAAUUUGCACCCGAGGCUCAUAACAAACGCCUGAGAUUUCCCUGGCAUUCCUCUUCCUGUUUCCAAAUAGGCAACUUAACCAUUUCUAAAACAGCUUUACUGGUCAAGUUGGCCAAAGAUUUUGUAAAAUCAUCCUUGUAUAAUGUUAAGUCCAAAAAGCGGUGACUUAUUAAUUAAGUUGCUACUCGCAUGGUGUGGGCUAAAGAUCCUCUACGAGAGGGUUUGCCUGGCUCUCCAGGAAGAGUGCCGUCCACGCUCUGGGUGGCAUGAGCAGCAGCUGUGCCAGAGUGCUCUGGUGCAAUGCCCUCUCCUGCAACACAGUGUCUCAGAAGUUACUUGUCUGUGUUGCUUUGGCUUAGGGCCAGAGAAGAGUCUGCAACCUGUUUCUUGGCAUCUAAGGGGACUUUGGAGACCUGGCUCUCAAAUCUCCGUCCCCCAGGCUACGUGACAACGUCAGUUUCAAAAUGGGAGUUUCCAAAGCAGUCCAUUAGCUAAUCACAAAUAUCAUGGGGGCCGGGCGACUGGUCCAAGAAGAUUUGGCCAGCUGACCAGUCCAGUAUUUUUAAAGCAUUGUUAGAACGGUGAUCAUCAAUAGGUUUGAGACUGAUGCUAAAUUAGUUCAUUCUUACUGUGGAACAAUGAUAUUGUGAUAAGUUCAAACGUUUCUAGAUUGGAGUCCAGCUCUUCACAGAGUAGACAACCGGAUCCUCUAGAGGGUGUACUUCCGAUUCCUGCAGGAAAUGAGAUGGAGGAAGUGAUCACUGCGAGGAACUUCUGAGGGAAAAUGCACCAGAAUUUCUCAACCUGCCCCUCCGCCCCCCACACCCAUUUUGGCUUCUAACCAUCUUCUCUACCUGAGAACUUGAUGGAGAAAAUCAGAGGAGCAUUGGGAUCAGCUCUACUAUGGUGGCUACAGUGACCACCAUUUUCUUUCUGGCCAUUAGCAUUUUUAAUGUGUGCUGUAUAUAUUACAAUUGAAUAAACUGUGGAGGGAUAUCUACUUUUAUUUUCCAUGGCAGAAUCUCUACCAUGCAAACACAUGCAAAAUUGUAUCUUUUAAAAAGUGUUAACACUUAAACAUACAUAUAUUUACCCAGCUAUUUUCUUAAAAUUGGGAGCAGGUUACAUUUGAUUGAGUUUGUGCUAUUGAUCUUUUAUUGUAUGAAUAUAAUUUAUCAUUUGUACUGUUGUAUCUUAAUGUUCUGUAUUUGUGCUCGUUUCUCCCCUAGCGAUGUUGCAGAAAUGUGGCAGUCAAACCACAGAAAAGUGGGGGCUUGUCAAAGGUGUCUUGUUGGAAUUAAAAGUGUAUUGCUUAUA